CAUGUAGUCCCCGGAGUGGGAAGAGGAAGGUCUUUAGACUAGCAGAAUGUUAUUAUUUGAUGCGUGGUAAAAGCCAAAUGUUAUCAAAAGUAAUUUCCAUCAUACAUUUGACAAUCAAAACAAUAUGAAUUAAAACGCGAGACAUGACCUUAUGCUAAUGAGGGACCUGUUUCGUGAAAAAGUCUCCCUUUACUCCUACAACAGGUACCAUCUGGGUUUGAGCUUUGGAAACAAAAGCACGACUUAUUACUUAUUUAUACGGCCUCGAGCUCUACACUUGCGUCAGUUCGAGAUAAAGGAAAUUGAAACAUCUAAAAUACGAAUUGUGCAGUUAUCCGUGACAUAGGAAUCGGGAAAGGUCGAGGAUUUGCACGCCAAAAUUCGCCAUGAAGCUUGCAUUCGUGUUUGCGUUGGUGAUCUUGGUUAUUUUCAUAGCAUGUUGUGACUCAAAGUCCACUAAAAAGCCAUCAAAGUCUUCAAAGAAAUCUGAAAUAGCGAAAUCGGAAAAGCAUAAGUCCGCUAAAUCGCACGACAAAAAGGACAAGUCACCUAAAAGACACGAGGAAAAGCAUGUGAAAAAAUCGAGUAUCCCAACAAAAAAAGUUGUAGCAGUCGUGAAGAAGGCUAAAUCAAACACCAAGAAAGACAGUGCUCAUAAGCCAGUGAUAAGCAAAGCGCCAAAGUCAAAAGCAAUGUCAAAGACAAAGUCGAAACACAAGAUAGCAAAGAAGGGAAAGAGCGGCAAAGCUAAGGAUAAGGCGGCGAAGAGCGAAAAAUCACCUAAAUUGUCGUCAUCCCCUGCUAACAACGUAAAGCAGUCGUCAGCGGACAUGCUAAAGAUCCCCUCAGACUGCAGCAAACUCGUACAGCAAUACACAAACGGCGAGAUGGUUAUGUUUGAGUACAAGGCAAAGAUGGCAAAGUGCCUCAAGCACAAGGAUGAACUUAUAAGUCGCGAUACAAUUGCCCACGACGAUAGCCAAUCAGAGGGUGAGGUAUCUUUUACCAACCCCGACUUCGUUGACUCCAUUUCUGACAAGAACGACGCGGACGGUCAGAUUGAUCACACUUCUGACGACAUUGAUGACACAGACGCAUCUAAGAAAUAUGACGUGCCCCAGUACCAACCCUCUACUUACCAAUAUAACUACUUCGGCGCCGAGCCACAACAACAGACUGCGUAUUACCAACAACCACAGCAACAAGAUCAGAGCUACGCUGAACAACCUCAGAUACCUCAACAAAGCCAGGCUGCUUUUGCACCAAGUUCAUCUUUCCCUGCCAACCAGCAAGUGGACUUCCGGCAGCAGGUACCGCAAAGUCAGAAUAGUAUGGCGCGGAGCGAUGUCCCAGUUGCGCAACAGUAUCAGCAGCAACAACCCGCCCAAAACAGCUACGACCGCAGUGACGUGCCAGCGGCACAACAAUUUCAGCCCUCGGCAAACCAGUGGCAACAAGCUCCAGACCAGCAACAAUUCCCAAUGGCUAAAAAAGACGAGACACCCGAACCAUCCAGCGAUGAUCCUUUUGCACAGUUCAUGACUAUGCAACAAUCAAACAACGGGGAAGCCAACAUCGCGCCACAGGAGGCCCAACUAAGGAGCAGCAUCCCUGACCCGUCCCAGGCCCAACAAACAAACGCGGAUCUCACGGCAGCACAGGCUACCCAACAGAGAAGUGACAUUCAGCCCGAUCCAUUCCAGGCCCAACAGCCAAACAACGUAGACCUCACGGCACUACAGGCUACCCAACAGAGAAGUGACAUUCAGCCCGACCCGUUCCAGGCCCAACAGCCAAACAACAUAGACCUCACGGUUCCACAGGCUACCCAACUGAGGAGUGACAUCCAGCCCGAUCCAUCCCAGGCCCAACAGCCAAACAACGUAGACCUCACGGCACCACAGGCUACUCAACAGAGAAGUGACAUUCAGCCCGAACCGUUCCAGGCCCAGCAACAAAACAACGCGGAACUCACGGCACCACAGGCUACCCAACAGAGAAGUGACAUUCAGCCCAACCCGUUCCAAGCCCAGCAGCCAAACAACGUAGACCUCACGGCACCACAGGUUAACCAACAAAGGAGUGAUAUCCAGGCCGAUCCAUCUCAGGCACAACAGGGAUUCAACCAAAUGCCAGCUGCUAGUCAAGCCACGUGGAUGCGGCAAUGGAGCCCAGAGGAUCAUGGGCUCUUCCCUGAGAAUCCUUGAUUAGUGAGGAUAACAAUACAUUACAGACAAUAAAUUGCAUACUUCUUUCUUAGGGAAGAAGAGAGAUACCAAAGACUUUGCAUUCCAAAACUACACUAAAACCAAUGUCAUAACUACAAGAUCUGAGGAGAUAAGGGGAUAUUUAUAAACAACUAAUUAUAUGAUACUGACUGCAAAGCAGGGUUUAAUAUCACACUAGGGCUAGUUUGCUAGUCAAGCAUGUUUUGUUUUCGCGGAUGCCACAGUUUUAUACCAAUAUAGUCCAAUACUGUUAGACCAUUUUAUGCCUUAAACUGUUGACAAUAGGCUUUGGCAUGAAUCGAUCAAAUAAAACUUUAAGUUUAAUAAA